AGUGUCAAGUGUGGAGUGUGUACGACUGUUCGUUUACUAGCGGCUAUAAUGCCUUGAAUGUUAAAAAUCGUAGUUUUUUCUAUAUUUUGCAAGCAAUAUGUUGUGUAUUGCAUAACAAAAAUUUAAGAAUAUUGCCGCUAUUGAGUAAAAUAGUUGUUCGAAGAAAAAUCCUAUUAAGAUGUCUAAAUGGCAAUCGGAGCGCAGCAUCCACGAGAUGUUAAAAGACACUCCGCCGCUGCGCGAGUCCAGCGACUCCAUCACGUCGGGCACGGAGGCCAAGUUCCCCACGUCGCGGUCCAUGCCCUUCCCGCCCGCGUAUGCGCCCCCGGACGUGUCCCAGAAUGGCGCCGGCUCCAGCACGCUGCUCCGCGCCGGCUCGUCCAAGCUGGACGCCAUCCGGAACUGGGGCGUCUCCACAUACAAGUGCACCAAACAGAUACUCUAUGAGAAGCUCGGCAAAAGCUCACGGACUGUGGAUACGGAGCUGGAGGCCCAGAUCGAGAUGUUGCGCGAGACGCAGCGCAAGUACGCGGGCGUGCUGCGCCUGUCGGGGGCACUGACCUCGCAGCUGGCGGCGGCGGCGGGCACGCAGCGCGCGCUGGGCGAGUGCUUCGCGGAGCUGGCGCAGAAGUCGCCGGAGCUGCAGACGCAGUUCCUGUACAACGCGGACACGCAGCGCACGCUGACGCGCAACGCGGACUCCUUGCUGGCCGCGCUGCACUUCUUCAACAACUCGCUCGCCACGCUCACGCACAAGACCAUCGAGGACACGCUGCUCACCAUCCGCCAGUACGAGGCCGCCAGGGUGGAGUACGACGCCUACCGCAGCGAGCUGGAGGCCAGCGGAGGCAACCCGCCAGAACUAUUGCUCGCCAACAUCGAGCGACAUCGCCGACACUACGAGCGACUGCGGGACGACUCCGCCGUCAAACUCAAGCUGCUGCACGAGAACCGAGUCAGUACCACCCGGUCCCCCCUG